AUGAACCUCCUCGAGCAGGUCCGUUGCGAUGCUGCCAGUUUAGGUGUGCCUUGCACCAACUGUGUGGCUUUUUCCAUCGAGUGCAAGAUCCCUACGCCGAAGCGCAAGAAGCAGCAGAGCAAGUCUAAGGAUACAAACAGCGGGACUGAUGAGCGCAACGAGGACGGCAAGGACAAGCAGGAGGAGUCGCCAGGUGACGGCACGGAUAGCAAGGAUGCUUUCGGGUAUCGCAAGAACCGGAUGGCCGUCGAUGGGAUGCCAGUGACCACCCUCACCGAGCAACAGGAAGCUCAGCAAGCGUCCCACAACACUGCUUACGCACAAUUUAUGAAGCCCAAGUUCGCUCGGGCACCGAUAAAGGAAGCAGGCAGAGUCGCCUAUCUCGGAGAGUCAUCAAAUCUGUCGCUCCUGGUUCAGGAUCGUCAUGGAACAACGGAUGUGGUGCACUACCCUCUUCCGCCUAACAUCAGAGGAUCGCGUGCUCGGUUGACGGACCUCGACAACCUCGAACUCGACAUUCUCCAUCAGCGUGGCGCUUUCUUACUCCCUCCCAAACCCCUCUGUGACGAGCUUGUCGAAGCUUAUUUCAGAUGGGUCGCACCUAUCGUCCCCAUCGUCAAUCGCAGCCGUUUUAUGCGACAAUAUCGCGAUCCGAAGAACCCGCCUUCUUUGCUUCUACUGCAGGCCAUCCUUCUCGCUGGCUCGAGAGUUUGCACGAAUCCCCAACUUAUGGAUGCGAACGGCUCCACCACUCCCGCUGCAAUGACAUUCUAUAAACGGGCGAAAGCACUUUAUGAUGCUAAUUAUGAAGAUGACCGCGUCACGAUUGUCCAGGCCCUUGUUCUCCUAGGCUGGUACUGGGAAGGUCCCGAAGACGUGACAAAGAACGUCUUCUACUGGACGAGAGUUGCAAUGGUCGUCGCACAAGGCUCCGGCAUGCACCGAAGUGUGGAAACAUCUCAACUCAGCAAGCCAGACAAGAGAUUAUGGAAGCGCAUUUGGUGGACCCUCUUCACCAGGGACCGAUCCGUAGCAGUUGCCCUCGGCCGGCCUAUUGGAAUUAACACCGACGACUCCGACGUGGGCAUGUUGACCGAGGACGAUUUUAUUGAGGACGAGAUCGACAGCGUCGCCGAGUACCCUCCAGACCCUGUACACGUACAGUUCUUUCUUCAGUACGUCAAGCUGUGCGAAAUCAUGGGUCUAGUGCUGUCUCAACAAUACUCUGUGGCGUCCAAGUCUCGGAGGAUGAACGCCAUGGACUUGACGCAUUCAGAUAUGGCUCUAGCAGACUGGCUUCAGAAUUGCCCAAAGGAGGUAUGCUGGCAGAAGUCCCGGCAUCACUUCUUGGCAGCUCUUCUUCAUGCGAACUACUACACCACCCUGUGUCUCCUGCAUCGAGCACACAUGCCUCCUGCUUCGUCGGCGCCAAACAGCUACCGUGUGGAGGAGAUGGCGUAUCCGUCUCGUACUAUUGCCUUCCAGGCUGCAGGGAUGAUUACCUCUAUCGUCGAAAACCUCCAGACACAUCAAGAAAUCCGAUAUGCUCCUGCGUUCAUCGUCUACAGCUUGUUCUCGGCGUUGAUCAUGCACGUCUACCAAAUGCGGUCAUCAGUACCAUCUAUUGUAGCGACGUGCCAGGAGAGAAUCAACAUUUGCAUGCAAGCCUUGAAAGACGUGUCCAAGGUUUGGCUGGUGGCGAAGAUGGUUCACACACUGUUCGAGUCGAUCUUGGGCAACAAAGUUCUCGAAGAACGUCUUCAGAAAGCUGCUGGAAAGAGACAUCAGAGGGUACGGCCCGAGACGCAAACGCAACAGCCUCCUGCGAAGAAACCGGAUCCGCCCAAGCGCAAAUUCGACGAUAUGGAUCUUGGUUUGCCAAACGGGGGUCCUACACCUCCGGUUUCAUACGAACGAUCUCGACCACAGACACCUGCCGUCACACCAUCCAGAGAAUUGGGACAACCUCCGGGGAUCAGCGUGCCGCAAGGGUCCCCUACCGGCCCUCAAAAUGCAAUGCCAGGCAAUUCGCGAAGCAAUACUCGACCGACAACGCCCUUCAACGGUCACUUCUCGCUACCUGCAACACCUCCAGAUCUUUUCCUUGUCACACGUACUUCGCCCAACCUCUCUCCGUCUCUCUGGGAGAACUUCCAGCCAGACCAGUUGUUCCCUGAUGGCACGGCCAUAUUCCCCGAGUUGGCGUCUCCGCAAAACCAUACUGUCGACCCACAACUACAGAUGCAAUCGCAGUUACAAUCACAAGGUAUGCAGCAACGUCACAUGAUGGUGAAUCAAACGCCGCAGAUGCCGGGACGUCACCUUUCCAGCCCGGAGCUUAUGUCGGGCCUGCCACCGGGGAUGGGCCUGCAUGGUGGCCAGCCACAGCAAGUAUUUGGAUUGGAGAAUCAGCAUGGAUGGCCUAUGCAAGGCUUAGAGGCGGCGUUGAAUGCCACUGGAAUGGACAAUACCAGUCAGGAUGACAACUGGAGUAGCAGUUCGCGAAGUGGACCAACGGCUCCUACGACGCUGAACGUCGAAGACUGGUAUGUUUGUAUCAGAGAUGCCUGA